GAGAGAGACAGAGAGACAGGCAGAGAGAGAGAGAGUGAGGGAGAGAGGAGCGGAGACGGAGGGAUGUAAAGAUGGCAGAGCUACAAAUGCUCCUGGAGGAAGAGAUCCCGGCUGGGAAGCGAGCUCUGCUGGAGAGCUAUCAGAACCUCUCCCGGGUCGCCGAAUACUGCGAGAACAAUUAUGUGCAGGCGCAGGAUAAGAAGAAAGCCUUGGAGGAGACCAAAGCCUACACCACCCAGUCUCUGGCCAGCGUGGCCUACCAGAUCAAUGCCUUAGCCAACAACGUGCUGCAGCUGCUGGACAUCCAGGCCUCGCAGCUGCGCCGGAUGGAAUCCUCCAUCAACCACAUCUCCCAGACUGUGGACAUCCAUAAAGAGAAAGUUGCGAGACGAGAGAUUGGGAUUUUGACCACAAACAAGAACACGUCCAGGACCCACAAGAUCAUUGCCCCUGGCAACAUGGAGCGACCAGUGCGUUACAUCAGGAAGCCCAUAGAUUACACCCUGCUGGACGAUGUGGGCCACGGUGUUAAAUGGCUAAAAGCAAAGCAAGGGAACAGCCAGCCUGCCAGGGCAGCGGGAGGGACUUUAUCAAGGACUAAUCCACCCACACAGAAACCACCAAGCCCACCCAUGGCAGGGCGGGGCACCCUGGGAAGGAACACACCCUAUAAAACUCUGGAGCCCGUCAAGCCUCCGGUGGUGCCUAACGACUACAUGACCAGUCCAGCUCGGCUAGGAGGUCAGAACAGCCCUGGACGCACAGCCUCGCUCAACCAGAGACCCAGGACACACAGUGGAAGCAGUGGGGGCAGCGGUGGCCGAGAGAACAGCGGGAACAGCAUGGGCAUCCCUUUGGCUGUUCCAACACCCUCCCCUCCCAGCAUGGCACCAGUGGUUCCCCAAGGUCCAGGUCUAGGGCCAGUUCCGAUGUCCCAGUUCGGCACCAUCUCUCGGCAGAUUUCCAGGCACACCUCCUCCACCACCUCCUCCUCUGCCUCCAUGGUGUCGGCCACAGGCACGUACCGCCGAGCGCCCUCCAGCUCCGCCCAGUUCUCCGUGCCCCAGCCACACCUUAAUGGGGGUCCCACAUACCCGCAAAACACAGUGUCUGUGCCCCAGCCGCCUCCCCCCAUGGUGCAGCUAACUCCCCAGAUUCCUCUCACUGGCUUUGUGGCCAGAGUUCAGGAGAACAUAUCAGACAGCCCCUCCCCUCCCCCGCCCCCACUCCCUGAGGACACGCCCAUGUUUGAGGAAGCGGCUCCGCCCCCUCCCCCUCCUCCUGUGGACUAUGAGGAAGAAGACGCCUCUCUGGUGCACUAUAAUGACCCUUACGCUGACGGAGACCCUCACUGGGCCCCCAAGUCCUACAUAGAAAAAGUGGUGGCCAUCUACGACUACACCAAGGACAAGGAUGACGAGCUUUCCUUCAUGGAGGGCGCCAUCAUCUACAUCAUCAAGAAAAACGACGACGGCUGGUUCGAGGGCGUGUGCAACGGCGUCACCGGCCUGUUCCCCGGCAACUACGUGGAGUCCAUCAUGCACUACGCCGACUAACGAACGCCGACUAACCAUCACAAACAAACAUUUACGAAGUGCAUUAGGAUAUGACCGAAUGUUUGUUUUCGUCCGACGUAUUUAAGUAUUUGCUGUGCGUAUCGAGGGACUGAGCGAACACAAAGGCGAAUGCGGAAAGAGCAGCAGCAAGUCUUCGCUUCUUUCUAGCUAGGUCUUUUAUUUAUAUAUAUAUUUUGUACAUACGGUACUGUACGAAGCUGCCUGUAGAUCGUUAACUAGUGUGUUUUCGUGCGUGUUUCGUCAGUGUAGCGAGGCCAGUCUUUGCAGUAUGCCAACUUGUCGGCUAGGGCUUGUUUUUAUUCAGAAGUGCUCGUUGUAUUUUUUUCCGUAACUUACUGCCAAACUCUUCCCUCCUGUCAGGGAAGACGUGUUCUGAAUGUUGUUUCUUAAAUGUGAUUCAUGCCUGGCUGACGAUCAGGCAGAAACCGGGAAAACGAUCGUCGUGACUUUUUUUUGGUCUGUUUUUCCAUUUUUGCCUCCAGUCUUUGCCUACACUGUAUUUUAAUUCCACCUUCAUUGCUUUGGCUUGGCCGAGGCUGAGGAAGGAAGCAGUAUUACUUAGAAAACUACUCUUCUUGUUUGUGUAGCUUAAGGCUACGUUGGUAUCAGACAAAGGCACUGUUGAAUGAGUGAGCGCAGUGUUCCUCACAGUUCAUCUCUUAAGACUACUCAAAAAACCAACAGCUGUCCACUACCAUGAAGAUCAUCUCACUUCCACUUUGGGUCCCAUUUAAUGAUCCAAUCAUGUCAUUAUUUGUCACGAUGGCUUAUUUUUGGUCACUGUAAUUUACACUGUGUGUCCGAAAGUGUCCAGACGCCCGCUCGUCCAAUAAUGCUCAGCAUUAUUAGCGAGUUUGCUGAAGUAACAGCUUCUGCUCAUCUGAGGAGGCUUUGCUGAAACGUUGCUCCUGACAACCCAGAGGCUUUUGCUUGUGCCCCAUCACUGCGGUACGGAAAAGGCUGUGGGUUCAUAGAUUUUAUUUGAUCAGUUUUCCAGUGAUAUUUGUUCGCUCAAGAUCUUGAGCUAUUUAUAUGAUUAUUACAACAAAACAAAUGUUGGUCUCCCAAAAACAAACUAACCAAAAGUUUAUUUUACAGAACGCUACAGAAAAUCACAGCUAACAUGCUGCUCGGAUACUUAUUUCAAUUAAACCACCAGCCGUACUGACCAAUACAGCCUGCAGACAGAUAAACAGAUAAAAUGUUCUAGAUUUUUGGCUAAAUGGUCCACAAAGUUAAGUUUUGGCCCAAAUGGAGCAUUCGUUAAGUUUUUACACAGAAUUUCAGCAUAAUUCAUUCAUCUGGAUUCACACAAAGUCAUUCAGACUGGUUUGAUGUGAAAUGAUUCAUUGAGUGCUUUUAUUUGUCCUUAAUAAUCUGAUAACUAAAAUCAGAUUUUGUCAAAUGCUGUUUGCUUUUUCCAGUACUGCAGUCUAUUUUCGCACAUGUGCAGACUGAUAAAACGAAAGAAAUCAGAGUAAGAGUUCACACUC